UCCAUCAGGGAGGAGCUAAAAAAUAUCAAAUAAGGAAAGAGAAAAAAUCCAUGCAGUAAUUUAGACAUGAAAGUGCACAUUACUUGUGUCAAUAUCAGUGAACUUGACAGUGAAAUAAUUCAAUCUUCUUCUGCGACCUGCACAAUCUCAAGUUUGCAGAGGAUGCCAUCCUGGCUGGUUCACCUGAUUUCAAACAGAGAAGAGUAUAAGAGAUAAUAAGACUGGAUUUGGGAACAUGGAAAUUAACAAGCCUGCACACCUGGAAGUUAAUUUGUAUUUGGUAGCAUUUGGAAUACUGACAUUACUUGUGACAGUAUCAUCUGUGUUUAUUUGUCUGAAUCGCUGCUCAAAGAGAAGACGCAACAGAAAUGAGCCAAAGGAAUAUCCUCUUGAGUCAGUGAGAGUGGACAGUGAUGAGAAGCAAAAAGAAUCUCUGCUGAUAGAAGAAACUGAUGGUUCAAGUGGAGACACAGAGCUUGAGAAAAAAAAGCAAGAUGAGAUGAAAAGUGAACAAGUGGAAUGGAAGAAACAGAAACAAGAGGAAAAACUGAGAAGAGAAGAAGAGGAGAGACAGAAACUAGAAGAAAAACUGAGAAGAGAAGAAGAGGAGAGACAGAAACUACAGGAAAAACUGAGAAGAGAAGAAGAGGAGAGACAGAAACUAGAGGAAAGACUGAGAAGAGAAGAAGAGGAGAGACAGAAACUAGAGGAAAGACUGAGAAGAGAAGAAGAGGAGAGACAGAAACAAAAGGAAAAUCUGAGAAAAGAAGAAGAGAUACAAAAACUGAGAAGAGAAGAAGAGGAGGGACAGAAACAAGAGGAAAGACUGAGAAAAGAAGAAGAGGAGAGACAGAAACAAGAGGAAAAACUGAGACAAGAAGAAAAUGAGAGGCAGAAACUAGAGGAAAAACUGAGAACAAAUGAAGAGGAGAGACAGAAACUAGAGGAAAAACUGAGACAAGAAGAAAAGGAGAGACAGAAUCUAGAGGAAAAACUGAGAAGAGAAGAAGAGGAGAGACAGAAACAAGAGGAAAAACUGAGAAAAGAAGAAGAGAAGAGACAGAAACUAGAGGAAAAACUGAGAAGAGAAGAAGAGGAGAGACAGAAACAAGAGGAAAAACUGAGAAGAGAAGAAGAGGAGAGACAGAAACAAGAGGAAAAACUGAGACGAGAAGAAAAGGAGAGACAGAAACUAGAGGAAAAACUGAGAAGAGAAGAAGAGGAGAGACAGAAACAAGAGGAAAAACUGAGACGAGAAGAAAAGGAGAGACAGAAACUAGAGGAAAAACUGAGAAGAACAGAAGUGCAAAAACCAAAAGGAAAUAUUGGAUUAAGAAAUCAAGGGGCCACAUGCUAUCUGAACUCACUGCUGCAGACACUUUUCAUGACAGAAGAUUUCAGAAAUACUGUGGAACGGUUAUUCAAACCAAUUGAUGUUCACAUUGCACAAUUAUUUAUGGAUUUAAAGUCUGGGAAGAGAAGCGUUGCCACCACUGAGAGAAUCACACCUGAACUUGAAAUUAAUGUUUGUGAGCAGCAGGAUGCAGCAGAAUAUUUCCAGAAGAUAAUGAACAUGGUGAAUCCAGAGAUGGCGAAGGUAUACCAGGGAGAGUUUGAGCACAAAACCAUGUGUAAAAAUCCAGGAAAAGAGCAUCCACUUGUGACGCGUCAUGAAUCUUUUUACAUUAUUCCCAUCUGUAUGGAAACGAAUGACACGGAUUCUCCAAUAAACAUGCAAAGCUGUUUUGACUCAUAUUUUGAACCAAUCAAGACAUGUGAGGAGGAUCAAGUGAAAUGCCCAACUUGUAAAGAGAUGGUGAACACGGAAAUAAAGUGUGAUAUACAUAAACUUCCUCCAGUUCUGGUUGUGCAGCUGGAGAGAUUUCAACUGGAUUAUUACACCAUGAGAUACAAGAAGAACAAGUCUACAGUGGAAAUUCAGUUCAUGUUAUCAGUGAAAGAUGACAGUGGAGCUCAACACCAGUAUGAUUUGUUUGCUGUUGUGAAACACACUGGAUCCUUUGAUGGAGGACAUUAUUAUGCUGUCAUCAGGUCAUUUGAGGAUCAUCAGUGGUAUGAGUUUAAUGACAGCUCUGUACGCAAGAUACCUGAUUUAAAAAACCCCUUCCGCUGUAAUGAGGCCUACUUUCUUCUCUACAAAAAAAGAUCACAUGAGUCAGCUGCAAAACCCAACAAAUGUGAUAAUCUAGAUGGUGCUCAACAUGCAGUGAAACACUCUGAAUCUGUACCACAAACUGUGUCAAAAGAGGGAAUAAAGCAAAAGCCUGAUGACAGUGACAAACAAUCAAGAAAUGAGACACAAACUAUAUCCUGCUCUGAUCCUCAACCUACACUAAAUGUUCUUCAUGAUCCAGAGAAUCAGUCAGAAGAUGAGAAUAAAGAGACUGAUGCAUCAGAUGAAUCUAAACCUGCAUCACAAUCUGUGUCAGAAGAGAAAAUAAAGCAAAAAACAGAUGAAUGUGCAAAACAGACAAGCAAUGAGACAGGAGAAGAUGCAUCUGAAUCUGACCCUGAUCCUAAACCUGCAGUAAAUGAUCCUCUAGAUCCAGAGAAUCAGUCAGAAGAUGAGAAUAAAGACACUGAUGCAUCAGAUGAAUCUAAACCUGCAUCACAAUCUGUGUCAGAACAGAAAAUAAAGCCAAAAACAGAUGAAUGUGCAAAACAGACAAGCAAUGAGACAGGAGAAGAUGCAUCUGAAUCUGACCCUGAUCCUAAACCUGCAGUAAAUGAUCCUCUAGAUCCAGAGAAUCAGUCAGACGAUGAGAAUAAUGAGACUGAUGCAACAGCAAACACCCAACAAACACCAUCAGGUGAAUCUGAACCUGCAUCACAAUCUGUGUCAGAACAGAAAAUGAAGCAAAAAACAGAUGAAUGUGCAAAACAGUCAAAUAAUGAAACAGAAGAAGAUGCAUCUGAAUCUGACCCUGAUCCUAAACCUGCAGUAAAUGCUCCUGGAGAUCCAGAUAAUCAGUCAGAAGAUGAGAAUAAUGAGACUGAUGCAACAGCAAACACCCAACAAACACCAUCAGGUGAAUCUGAACCUGCAUCACAAUCUGUGUCAGAAGAGAAAAUAAAGCCAAAAAACAACAAAUGUGCAAAACAAACAAGCAAUGAAACAGAAGAAGAUGCAUCUGGAUCUGACCCUGAUCCUAAACCAGCAGUAAAUGCUCCUGGAGAUCCAGAUAAUCAGUCAGAAGAUGAGAAUAAUGAGACUGAUGCAACAGCAAACACCCAACAAACACCAUCAGGUGAAUCUAAACCUGCAUCACAAUCUGAGUCAGAGGAGAAAAUAAAGCCAAAAACAGAUGAAUGUGCAAAACAAACAAGCAAUGAGACAGGAGAAGAUGCAUCUGAAUCUGACCCUGAUCCUAAACCUGCAGUAAAUGAUCCUCUAGAUCCAGAGAAUCAGUCAGACGAUGAGAAUAAUGAGACUGAUGCAACAGCAAACACCCAACAAACACCAUCAGGUGAAUCUGAACCUGCAUCACAAUCUGUGUCAGAAGAGAAAAUAAAGCCAAAAAACAACAAAUGUGCAAAACAAACAAGCAAUGAAACAGAAGAAGAUGCAUCUGGAUCUGACCCUGAUCCUAAACCUGCAGUAAAUGCUCCUGGAGAUCCAGAUAAUCAGUCAGAAGAUGAGAAUGAAGAGACAGACUCAACAGCAAACACCCAACAAACACCAUCAGGUGAAUCUAAACCUGCAUCACAAUCUGAGUCAGAGGAGAAAAUAAAGCCAAAAACAGAUGAAUGUGCAAAACAAACAAGCAAUGAAACAGGAGAAGAUGCAUCUGAAUCUGACCCUGAUCCUAAACCUGCAGUAAAUGAUCCUCUAGAUCCAGAGAAUCAGUCAGACGAUGAGAAUAAUGAGACUGAUGCAACAGCAAACACCCAACAAACACCAUCAGGUGAAUCUGAACCUGCAUCACAAUCUGUGUCAGAAGAGAAAAUAAAGCCAAAAACAGAUGAAUGUGCAAAACAAACAAGCAAUGAAACAGGAGAAGAUGCAUCUGAAUCUGACCCUGAUCCUAAACCUGCAGUAAAUGCUCCUGGAGAUCCAGAUAAUCAGUCAGAAGAUGAGAAUGAAGAGACAGACUCAACAGCAAACACCCAACAAACACCAUCAGGUGAAUCUGAACCUGCAUCACAAUCUGUGUCAGAAGAGAAAAUAAAGCCAAAAAACAACAAAUGUGCAAAACAAACAAGCAAUGAAACAGAAGAAGAUGCAUCUGGAUCUGACCCUGAUCCUAAACCUGCAGUAAAUGCUCCUGGAGAUCCAGAUAAUCAGUCAGAAGAUGAGAAUGAAGAGACAGACUCAACAGCAAACACCCAACAAACACCAUCAGGUGAAUCUGAACCUGCAUCACAAUCUGUGUCAGAACAGAAAAUAAAGCCAAAAACAGAUGAAUGUGCAAAACAAACAAGCAAUGAAACAGGAGAAGAUGCAUCUGAAUCUGACCCUGAUCCUAAACCUGCAGUAAAUGCUCCUGGAGAUCCAGAUAAUCAGUCAGAAGAUGAGAAUGAAGAGACAGACUCAACAGCAAACACCCAACAAACACCAUCAGGUGAAUCUGAACCUGCAUCACAAUCUGAGUCAGAACAGAAAAUGAAGCAAAAAACAGAUGAAUGUGCAAAACAAACAAGCAAUGAGACAGGAGAAGAUGCAUCUGAAUCUGACCGUGAUCCUCAACCUGCAGUAAAUGCUCCUGGAGAUCCAGAGAAUCAGUCAGAAGAUGAGAAUAAAGAGACUGACUCAACAGCAAACACCCAACAAACACCAUCAGGUGAAUCUGAACCUGCAUCACAAUCUGUGUCAGAAGAGAAAAUAAAGCCAAAAAACAACAAAUGUGCAAAACAAACAAGCAAUGAAACAGAAGAAGAUGCAUCUGGAUCUGACCCUGAUCCUAAACCUGCAGUAAAUGCUCCUGGAGAUCCAGAUAAUCAGUCAGAAGAUGAGAAUGAAGAGACAGACUCAACAGCAAACACCCAACAAACACCAUCAGGUGAAUCUGAACCUGCAUCACAAUCUGAGUCAGAACAGAAAAUGAAGCAAAAAACAGAUGAAUGUGCAAAACAAACAAGCAAUGAGACAGGAGAAGAUGCAUCUGAAUCUGACCGUGAUCCUCAACCUGCAGUAAAUGCUCCUGGAGAUCCAGAGAAUCAGUCAGAAGAUGAGAAUAAAGAGACUGACUCAACAGCAAACACCCAACAAACACCAUCAGGUGAAUCUGAACCUGCAUCACAAUCUGUGUCAGAAGAGAAAAUAAAGCCAAAAAACAACAAAUGUGCAAAACAAACAAGCAAUGAAACAGGAGAAGAUGCAUCUGAAUCUGACCCUGAUCCUCAACCUGCAGUAAAUGCUCCUGGAGAUCCAGAGAAUCAGUCAGAAGAUGAGAAUAAAGAGACUGAUGCAACAGCAAACACCCAACAAACACCAUCAGGUGAAUCUGAACCUGCAUCACAAUCUGUGUCAGAAGAGAAAAUAAAGCCAAAAAACAACAAAUGUGCAAAACAAACAAGCAAUGAAACAGGAGAAGAUGCAUCUGAAUCUGACCCUGAUCCUCAACCUGCAGUAAAUGCUCCUGGAGAUCCAGAGAAUCAGUCAGAAGAUGAGAAUAAAGAGACUGACUCAACAGCAAACACCCAACAAACACCAUCAGGUGAAUCUGAACCUGCAUCACAAUCUGUGUCAGAAGAGAAAAUAAAGCCAAAAAACAACAAAUGUGCAAAACAAACAAGCAAUGAAACAGGAGAAGAUGCAUCUGAAUCUGACCCUGAUCCUCAACCUGCAGUAAAUGCUCCUGGAGAUCCAGAGAAUCAGUCAGAAGAUGAGAAUAAAGAGACUGAUGCAACAGCAAACACCCAACAAACACCAUCAGGUGAAUCUGAACCUGCAUCACAAUCUGUGUCAGAACAGGAAAUAAAGCAAAAAACCAACAAAUGUGCAAAACAGUCAAAUAAUGAGAGACAGAAGCCACAUCUGGAUAAUGUAGGAAAAUUUUAAAUGAACAUUCUUUUUCUUUCUUUCUUUUUCUUUCUUUUUUUUUUUUUUUUUGCACGUUUAACAUGCAUAUGAUUUUAAGAACAAAAUGUUUGAGAAUAUAGAUUUAUAGACUGAAUAUAGAUUUAACCUCAUGAACUAAGAAAUCCAGGCUAUUAACAGGAGGAUUUUUCUGCAAUCAUAUUAGAAAAAAAAAUAUAUUGAAUCAUUACUGUUGUCCAUGCAUGUAUUCUAUAUAAACUGCUGUAAUCACCAAUGAGGAUUCUCUCUGAGAUUCUCCCAGCCAUGAUUAAAGUAUUUCA